UUUUUCUCCUCCUAAAAACCCUAUUCAGGAGCCGGUUUAAAGCUGCCGUGGGUGUCCUGUCUGGAGUUACUACCUGCCUCGCCUUCAUUAAGCCUGCCAUCAACAACAUCUCAUUAAUGACUCUGGGUGUUCCCUGCACAGCUUUGCUCAUUGCUGAGUUGAAGAGGUGUGAAAACCUGCGUGUGUACAAACUGGGUCUCUUUUCAGGUCUUUGGUGGAUGCUAGCACUUUUCUGCUGGAUCAGUGACAAAGCGUUUUGUGAGAUCUGGUCCUCAUUUAACUUCCCCUAUUUACACUGUGUAUGGCACAUUUUGAUUUGCCUUGCCGCAUACCUGGGCUGCGUCUGCUUCGCUUACUUCGAUGCUGCCUCUGAGAUCCCUGAGCAGGGCCCUGUCAUAAAGUUCUGGCCGAGUGAAAGAUGGGCGUUCAUUGGGGUUCCUUACGUCACCCUCCUGUGUGCACACAAGAAAUCACCUGUGAAGAUCACAUGAAGUUGGCCAUGGAAUAGGGAUGGAGUUUCAACUUGGUGUUCCAGCACAGACAGUAUUUAAAUAAUGAUAAAUGAAUAGGUUUGUAUUUUGUCUUCUCCUGAGAUACACAGCUCUUCAGAUGUCAUAGAAAGAGGAGGCAAGUGUGUUCUUUCCUCUCUCUGG